UGCCUCAGGCACCACACGUCUUCCAGCAACUAUUGACUUUUCAGGCAUUCAGGCAUAUACAGAUAGCUGAUCUCUCUAAACCAACUACUCCGCACUUUGUAAUGGACUCGGGAGUAUGCAAGUCAGCAUGCGUCACCACAACAAAUAGUAACAGCUUCUCAGUCACUCCUUUGGACUCAGGCGAUGGCGAACAUCUCACAGAUGCCUUCAUAGGAGCAUUUCACCAUCAUGGACCGGCUCAUAUUGUCCAGACCCAGACACGGUGCGUUGCGCUGCGUACAACGGAUUGCUCGAUGCAGUGGCAAAGAACAUACUUCUGUACUUCGGGGAUACAAACACUCGGCCAAGAGCAUAUCUACUGCGGCAGCUUCCGAGACAUACAAUGACUCUAGAGCUGAUCCCUUGGAAUCUGGCGGUUCGUCUGCUCGAAACGUCGCCUCCAGCGGUCGAAGAGACGCGAUCAAAAACGCGAAACCCUUUUCUGAUUUCUUAACUGAUACCUUUAAUCGACAACACGACUAUUUGCGAAUCAGUCUCACAGAACGUUGCAAUCUGCGAUGUCUAUAUUGUAUGCCUGAAGAGGGUGUACCGUUGUCUCCCCAAUCGCAUCUUCUCACCACCCCGGAAAUAUAUUAUCUAUCCUCUCUUUUCGUCUCUCAGGGUGUUACCAAAAUUCGAUUGACCGGCGGCGAACCUACUAUUCGGCGAGAUAUACUUCCUUUAAUGCAACAGAUUGGUUCUUUGCGACCAAAUGGUCUGAAAGAAUUGGCCAUUACCACCAACGGAAUAUCUUUACAUCGCAAACUGGAUAGCAUGGCGGAAUCAGGUCUGACUGGUGUCAACCUAAGCUUGGAUACUCUCGACCCAUUCCAGUUCCAAAUCAUGACUCGCCGAAAGGGUUUCGAUGCUGUGAUGAAGAGUAUUGAACGCAUCCUCGAAAUGAACAAGCUUGGAGCGGGCAUAAAGCUAAAGGUCAAUUGUGUCGUGAUGCGUGGGUUGAACGAGCGCGAAAUCGUACCAUUUGUAGAGAUGGGCCGUGAGAAAGACAUUGAGGUCCGUUUCAUCGAGUACAUGCCAUUCGAUGGCAACAAAUGGAGUCGAGGUAAAAUGCUCCCGUAUCAAGAGAUGCUUGAUAUGAUUCGCGAGAAAUAUCCAGGUCUCCGCAAAGUACAAGAUCAUAAGAAUGACACCAGUAAAACCUUCGAGGUCCCUGGGUUUGUGGGAAAGGUUGGCUUUAUCACGAGCAUGACACACAACUUUUGUGGCACAUGUAAUAGACUCAGAAUCACCAGCGAUGGAAGUCUCAAGGUCUGCCUCUUUGGAAAUACAGAAGUCUCUCUCCGGGAUCUUCUUCGAAAGGGCAAUAAAGACCAACCGAUUGACGAAGCCUCGUUCGAAGCCUUGAAGCAAAUCGAAAUGGAUCGGCACCAAGGCUUGCUUCCGAGAGGAACGGCACUCGGUUGGAGUGGGCGUGAGCAGGAACUUCUCAACGUUAUUGGAGCCGCUGUGAAACGAAAGAAGGCCGGUCACGCUGAGCUUGGCGAGUUGGAAAACAUGAAGAAUCGACCCAUGAUACUUAUUGGUGGGUGAUUAGGCUCCUUAUCUACCUAAAGCCGCAUUUCUUGAUUGUCAUAAUGACACAAACAUCCAUACGCACAAUAUCGCUCAGCCCGCAUGAACAAGCUAGGUACUUCUCAUCCCAGUCGGUCAGCCCGAUCAUCCGCACUAGCUGCGCCAUGGUCUCAUAUACCCUUCCAUAUGUU